UCAUUUUGUAGAACACGAAUGUUUUUCUGCUUUGAAGAGAAUCAUAAAAGUUUUACUAGGAAAGAUUUCUGAAGCGAUGAUCGUUGCAGCAGCAGUACUUGUCUGCAACACACAAAGAUGACAACUUGCUGCGGCCAAAGGACAGAGAACAAGCCAAUAACACCUGCCACUGUCAAGCAGAAUCACACAUGGAGUGGCAUGAAAACGGAAGAACAUGAUGGUUGGAAUGCUCUCGAGUGCCUCAGAGGGAGAUUACUAGCAGAGAGACAGGCUUCAAAGGUUGCCAAAGAACAAGCAGAAUCAUUGUGCAACAAGUUUAAUGAGCUGGAAAAGAAGCUUAAAGAAGAGAUUAAACUAAGAGAUAAAGCAGAAAGAAAGCUUAAGCUUUUAAAGAAGAAGCUUGAAUGUUUCAAUGUGUCCACCGCGUCAUUACAAAAAUGUCAUUCGGGUGAGAAAUGUGAUAUCUUCUACGGAUCAUCUUUGUGUAGUGAAGCUUUGUUAGAAAAUGAAGUCCGCAACCACAAUGUUGCACUAGAACAUGCACUCGUUCAUACCCACAAUAGUUCAUUCACCACCAAAGAUGGUGAUUCUCUGUUAACUGAUACUUCUAGUUGUAAUUCAGACCUCGGUAACUUUCUCCCUCAAAUUCCAGGCAAGACGCCAAAUCAGAGUUCAGAUAAUUUGAAGAAUGGCGAAAAUAGGUGUUCCAUUUGAAAUUGAAGUCACAUUGCACUUGAUGAAAUUUUGGAUCUUUUAGUUGAAUUUGUUGGCUGAUUUCGGUUGUUUCGACCUUAGGCUUUCACUAUGAAGCUCAAAAUCACUGGGAAAAGGUUAUAAUUCUCAGGGUAGCUAUGGCUAUUAUGGCUCAAAUCUAAGCCCUGCUCAAGCUUCACCUGAAAUGAUUAGUCAGAAUCCAAAUCCUAGAUUAUAGUAGCAGGUAUUACAUUAGAAAAUGUGGAGACAUUAUAUUAGACGAGUAGUUUUUGUCCUUCGAUUUAAUUUGCUUGUGUUGACUAA